AAAUAAACCAGAAAAGAAAAGCACAGAGUUUGUAGUGGGCGGCAAGUUCUUAUUUUUAAGCUUGCUUUCACACACAUUUGUGUAGCUUUGAGGAAAUCUCUCUCUCUCUUUUUUGUUGAUACUUUUACAUUUCAUUACUGUACUAAGAAAAGCUGUGAGACAGUGAGAAAAGCUGUAUCUAGCUCCAUUCUUUGAUUCAUUUACUGAAUAGAAUACCCUUUGGGGUAUAUAGGCAAAAAUAAAGGUUGUGAAGUGGUAAUAAGCCAUGGCAGCGCCUAAACCAGAAGAGGCAGUUCAUCCACCUAUGGACCAGCUUCAAGGUUUAGAGUACUGUAUUGACUCAAAUCCAUCUUGGGGGGAGGCAGUAUUUCUGGGUUUUCAGCACUACAUUUUGGCCCUUGGAACUGCAGUGAUGAUCCCUUCUUUCCUUGUUCCUUACAUGGGUGGUACUGAUGGUGAUAAAGUCAGAGUAGUACAGACUCUACUGUUUGUUGAAGGAAUUAACACACUUCUUCAAACUCUCUUUGGAACCAGACUGCCUACUGUUAUUGGAGGGUCUUAUGCAUUCAUGGUCCCUAUUAUAUCUAUCAUUCAUGAUUCAUCAUUGGCUAGUAUUGAGGACCCUCAUAUCAGAUUUCUCAACACCAUGAGAGCAGUCCAAGGUGCUUUGAUAGUAGCAUCAAGCAUACAGAUUAUCCUUGGAUACAGUCAAAUUUGGGCCAUAUGUUCCCGAUUCUUCAGUCCACUUGGAAUGGCCCCAGUGAUUGCAUUAACUGGUUUUGGUUUGUUUGAUAGAGGCUUCCCAGUGGUUGGAAGGUGUGUUGAAAUUGGUAUCCCCAUGCUUCUCAUUUUUGUAGCUUUCUCUCAGUACCUGAAGAAUUUUCAUGUGAGAGAUCUACCAAUACUGGAAAGAUUUGCCUUUCUUAUAUCGAUCAUUGUGAUAUGGGCAUAUGCACACCUCUUGACAGCUAGUGGUGCAUACAAACAUCAUCCUGAACAAACCCAAGUCAAUUGCAGAACUGACAGGGCCAAUCUCAUUUCUUCUGCACCAUGGAUAAAGAUACCAUACCCUCUUCAGUGGGGUGCUCCUACAUUUGAUGCCGGCCAUGCUUUCGGAAUGAUGGCUGCUGUUCUAGUCUCAUUGGUUGAGUCUACUGGAGCAUACAAAGCUGCAUCACGUCUAGCAAGUGCCACACCACCACCAGCUCAUGUUCUCAGCCGUGGUAUUGGCUGGCAGGGAAUAGGAAUCCUGCUUAAUGGACUCUUUGGGACAUUGACUGGCUCAUCAGUCUCCAUAGAAAAUGUAGGCCUUCUUGGAAGCACUCGUGUUGGGAGCCGCAGGGUUAUUCAAAUCUCAGCUGGGUUUAUGAUAUUCUUCUCAAUGCUAGGAAAAUUUGGAGCGUUGUUUGCAUCAAUACCCUUUACCAUGUUUGCUGCUGUUUACUGUGUUUUGUUUGGUCUUGUUGCUUCGGUGGGGCUAUCGUUUUUGCAAUUCACAAACAUGAACUCGAUGAGGAACCUUUUCAUCACAGGUGUUGCUCUCUUCUUAGGGCUGUCUAUUCCUGAAUACUUCAGGGAAUACACUGCGAAGGCUCUUCAUGGUCCUUCUCACACACAAGCUGGAUGGUGGAAUGAUUUCCUCAACACCAUCUUCUUCUCAUCACCAACAGUGGCCUUAAUCGUUUCGGUGUUCUUGGACAACACACUCGAUUACAAGGAUGGAGCUAGAGACAGAGGAAUGCCAUGGUGGGACAAGUUCAGAACAUUUAAAGGAGACAGCAGAAAUGAAGAGUUUUACACUCUCCCAUUCAACCUCAACAGAUUCUUCCCUCCAUCUUAAAGUGGUGUGUGUGUGUAGUAAGUAGUACAGUAGUACAAUGCCAUUAUCAAUAGAGAGAAAGAUGUUUAGAGGAAAAGCAUCAUUUCCUUUCCUGCUACAGGAAACGAUUUCCCUCUCUUUCAUUUCAUAUAUAUUGACUCGGAUUAUCCGGGUUUAAUCCAAUAAAUUAAUUUAGGGGGCUACCCAAAUUUUUUUUGC